AAUAAUAAUAAUAAAUCAACAUAGCCUUGUGAUAUGGUAUCACAUGAUUUAAAAUGGAGUUGGCAAGAAUCGAAAUAUUUUAGCGUUGUAAACUUGUGGAAAAAACAUCUCAUUAACUUCAAAUGAUCUGUACGGUUUCUAAACAAUGUAAUUGUUGAUCAAAACUAAUGAAAAAUUUAGGAACUCGGCCUUUAAGGCAUUUCUUCUGAGGGUCCCCUAAACGGCCUAAACGCAUGGACGCAUGUAGAUUUGACAUCGAUUUAGCAGUAGCUGGAUUGAGAUCGGUGAAGCGAUAAAAUAAUGACUGUUCUUGUAUUGUUUACGUGACAUUUCGUAAUUGAGUGCGGUUGCCAUGUAAUGGACGGACGAUGAGCUUGGAAACGCUGCUGGCGGCUGCCUGGUUUGUUGAACAACAAGAUGCGCAGCGAGACCUGUUGCAGACUUCGCCCCUGAAUAAUUCACGUGAAUUGCAUUUGCUGGAAUGUACUUCCAGUGAAGAACGUGCUGGAGAUGGAGUACUUAGUAACCAGGAGUCGCCAGAGCAUGAGGACUGUUCUUCAAGCAACAAAUCAGCAUCACUGCCUGUAAUUCUUCCUAGAGACAAACCAAAUACAUCACCAUCUAUAAACAACGAUAUUUUAUCAAAUUCCCCGGACAAUAUUGCCCAAGCCCCAGCAUGGACUGAAGAGAAGGAGUAUCACAAACGAGUAGCUGGAACCAGAGAAGUACAUAACAAGCUAGAGAAGAACAGAAGAGCACAUCUAAAGGAAUGUUUUGAAAUCCUCAAAAAGCAGUUGCCCCCAUGCCCCGACGAAAAAAAGUCUUCCAACUUGAGCAUUUUGCACAGUGCUCUGCGUCAUAUACAAUCAUUGCGUCGCAAGGAGCGAGAGUUUGAACAUGAAAUGGAAAGGCUGGCUCGUGAGAAGAUUUCUGCACAACAGAAAUUAGCCAUAUUAAAAAAAGAACUGUCCACUCAGUGGGAGCACAUAGACUUCUCAACACUACUUCCUGAUAGUGUAGAAUUGAAUGAAGCGGAAGUGAAAGAAGAUCAGGGUUCAUUAUCAACAUCCACUGCAACAGAGGAAGGGCUUGAUUGGAUAACCAUUCAGAAUGACGAAGAUGAGGAUGAUGAUAUUGAUGUUAUAAGUGACAGUGAUGAUACAAGUAAGCUGAACAGCAACACAUCGUCUUUGUCAAGCUUUGCAACUCCUUGUUCACCCAUGGGAGCAUCAUUUGCUGAGUUAAAUACAGAGAGUAACAAAGCAGCAUCUCAUUUCUCAAUUCCAGUCCCUGCACAUGUAUCUGCUGAUCAGAGGGGAAAGAUGUUGCCUGUACCACAACCCCUACUGCUCCCGGACGAUGGAGAGGCUAGCAGUGACGUCAUCAGUUGCAGGCUCAAGCAGCAAGGGAAGCAGGGAGGCGUGCGUUCCACAUGUGAGCUGCGGUUGCAACUGGGCACCUCUGAUAACAAGUCUGGCCAACACAACCAUGCAAUUGGUCUCAUCUCUGGUUGCUGUGGUUCAGCCAUUGGCUCUCACAGUUCACAAACAUGAUGAUUUUGAAUGCCAAUCAGCUCCAGCCAUACACUUACCAUCAGCAUUAACCAUUCAAUACUGACACCGAUGCUCAAGUUAGUGGACAAUGCCUUCGAUGUCCUCCCAGUACCUGAAUAUGGCAGCUCAGUCAAGCCUAGUAGUGAUGACAAAAAUUACUGGCAGCACAUCCACUUCUCUGUAGCUACCACCAAACUUCCCUCCUGAGAAUUCUUCCACUUCUUCCUUGGCAUCAAGUAUUUUAAUAAUUGUGAGUGAAUUUGAACUGUUAGUUUCCAUGGAACAUAAUGAAGUGACUGUUUGAUGUUGAUGAGUCUCAGAUUGUUUCAUUGUUGUGGUUCAGAAAGGAUGAAGUUCAUGUGUAAAUAAGCAAAGAUAGAUGAAACUUCUUUUUAUUUGUGAAAUAAACAUACUCUUCACUAAUUCUUUGUUAUAGUUACACUCACAAAGUGUAAUUUGUUGAUCAUGUAAAUACUUUCCUUUUAAUGGCAGUGUAUUAUAAUUUAUAUUUGGUUUUCUCAUAUUUUUGAUAUGUUUGUGAGAGUCAAAUCUGUGAAAAGAAGUGAAAUCAGAAGUUAUUUUCCUGUUAAUCUGUAAGAAGUUGAUUGUGGUGCUUAUCCAGUGUUAUAAGACUAGUUUGGCAAUGCUCAUCUAAGAAAUAUAUAAAUCAUUGUGUUAGACAUUCUCGUUCAAAGUGUACGAAAUUUGUGUAUUCUGCAGAAUACAAGCAUGAAUGUUACAGAUAUAUUUUAUUAAAAUGGUUAAAAUUUAUUUAGUAAAUUUUGUGUUGUCUUUGUAUGUAUUAUUUAUGUAAUUAUUUAAAUGAGCUGUGUGUUAUAGUAUACUACUGAUUGUGAUGAUAAACAAAAUUGUGCAUAAAGUGCAUGUGACUGCAGCAGUUAAGUGCAGGAAAAUAAUUCAUUAUUGCAUUGAUACCUACAAGUAGCCAGAAAAAACACUUGCAAUAAGGUUACUCAUUACGUGGUAUAUUUUGGCAUUUAAUAAUGAUAAACCAUCAUUCCUGCGUACUAACAACAGGAUCAGUCCUGUGUUAUUGUAUUAAAUUGUUUCUUGCAUAUUCUCAUUUUUUUUGGGCUGAAUAAUGCUGGGAAUUGCUUAUAGCAUAUUUUUUAUGUUCUUUUUUUUUAAUAUUACAUUUUGUUCACAGCUUGUAUAUACACUGUUCAAGAAUAUGCACUGUAUUUUUCCUUAUUGAACAUUUGCAUUGCAUGGUUUUUGUUCUGGGUUAUGAUGUGUACUGUGGUACUAGCAACUAUAGUGAAUUGAAUGUUAAACUGAAAAAAAAAAAUUAAUUUCAGAUUUUUUUUCAAACAAUUUAACUUGUUGAUAUUAUGUGUAAUGUUCUUUUCCACAAUAUUUGACAUUUUUCAAGUAAAAUAGAUUAUCCAAUAAAAUGUCAAAAUCACAUUCUAAUUGUUUUGACAUCCCAAAAUAAAAAAAUCAGUUAUUUAUAUUAAUAAGUUAUGCCCUAAGCUACCUCAAGAUAUGUAUAUAAUCAUGCAAACAAAUGUUUUAAAUACAUUUAUGUCUAAUAUCAUAAAUGUAAGAAAGUUUAUGGUAAAUUGUUGAUCUAUGGUUAAACCUACUUUUAAAAAAAAAUUUCAUAACCAUAUUGGACUGUAAACUAUAGCCAUACUUCAGCAUACAAAAAUUUUUGUUUGUGUUUAUUAUAUGUUUGAAUGUAUAACUUUGCAAAAUCUGACCAAUUGAAAAAUGUAAUAAUCAUCAGAUUACAUAUAAUGUGUAGACAAUUGACACGAGUAAAAUUAAGAUAAUUUUGCUAUUUAGCAUUCAUUUAUUUUUGUACAAUUGUUUACUGAUAUUUAUAUUACCAGUUUGUUGAUAAAUAAUAAAAAAAUUUCAA